UUUACCCAAUUUAAAAUCUUAAUUCGUAACUCUGCUUUCACCGUCUCUUUUUUGUACAAGCGAAAGCAUAUUUGCGAGAAAGAUCCUUAAAGUUGUUUUGGUUAUCGGAAAAAAAAAACGAAAUCUAAUGCCGGAAAGUUAAUUCCGGCGAAACCUCUCUCAGAUUGAAAAAUCAAUAAUUUUUCUCGGAAGCACGAAUCUCUCUCCUCAAAUCUUCGGGAUCCAUUAAUGUUUUCGAAGAUCUGUAUAGCAAACCCGAGAUCAGAAGCUUCCGCGAGUUGAUAUAUGCUGUGUUUGCAGAUCUGGGUUUGGUUGUAUUUCUGAGUAAACAAAAUUUCUACCCAACCAUGUGUGAUCAAAGACCCUUUUUUCUAGGGUCUCUCGUGCUGGGUUUCUUCCUCUUCUUCGUAAACGGGCAAGGAGGAUGCUCAAACUCAAGCUCAUUGAUCGGGUUCGAGUCCGAGUUCAAGAUGUUUCAGCACCAGCUUCGAGGGGUUUUCACCGUCGUCGACGAUUGCUCCUUCAGGGUUUCUCGUUUCGAUAUGCUCUCUGGCUCUGAUGUUCAUUGGUGGGGUGCGAUGGCUUCUGAUUUCGAGAACAUGACCAACAAUGGCUUCGUGAUCUCUGAUCACAAGCUUAAUCAAACAUUCAAUAACCAAUCUUUCGUCGUCCAUUUGCUGGGUAAUGUUACAUGGGAUCAAUUAGGCGUGGUUUCGGUUUGGGAUUUGUCUACUGCUUCUGACUUUGGGCAUGCUACGACUGGUUUGCUCAACUACAUGGCGUUUGGUUGGGCUAACCCGAACUCUACGUCGAACCUGAUGUUGAAUGCUGAUGUUGUGGUCACCGGUAUCAGAGAGGACGGCUUCCCUUUCGCUGAUGAUUUCUACAUCACAAAGUCGAGUGUUUGCUCUGUCAAGGAAGGUUCUGCUUCUGGGGUUUGUCCUGACACUGUGUAUGAAGGAUCAGAUGCGCUUGGCUCUUCGGUUAAUAACACAAAGCUGGUUUACGGGCAUAGGAUAGAUGGAGUUUCGUUUGUUAGGUAUAGGAGACCGUUGAAUGAUAGUGAUAACAAGUUCGAUUUCCCUGUGAAUCCAACGAAGAGCCUGACGGUAAUUUGGGCACUCGGGGUGAUAAAACCGCCGGAUGUUAUUAACCCUUACUAUCUCCCCGAGAAUCACGGCGGUGUGGAAUCGGAGAACUUCGGGCAUUUCUCGCUUAACCUCUCGGAUCACGUGGAUGAAUGUUUGGGACCGUUGGAUGCAGACAAUAAGUACGAUCAAGGUGUGAUCAUCGCCGAUGCCAACGCACCUCUUGUCGUCACCGCUGGACCGUCCGUGCAUUACCCGAACCCUCCGAAUCCUUCGAAGGUUCUGUAUAUCAACAAGAAAGAAGCGCCGGUGCUGAGAGUUGAGAGAGGUGUUCCUGUGAAGUUCUCUAUAGGAGCAGGACACGACGUUUCUUUCUACAUAACUUCGGAUUUUCUUGGUGGGAAUGCUUCUCUAAGGAACAGAUCAGAGACGAUCUACGCCGGUGGGCAAGAAACUCACGGAGUACCGGCGAGUCCUUUGGAGCUGGUUUGGUCUCCUAAUAGAAACACACCUGACCAACUCUAUUAUCACUCGAUUUUUCAAGAGAAGAUGGGUUGGAAAGUUCAGGUCGUUGACGGUGGGCUCUCGGAUAUGUACAACAACAGUGUGAAUCUAGAUGAUCAGCAAGUUAAGUUCUUUUGGACCAUAGUAGGUGACUCGAUAUCGAUCGCAGCUCGUGGAGAGAAGAAAAGCGGGUACCUUGCGAUUGGUUUCGGCAGCGAGAUGACAAACAGUUUUGCUUAUGUUGGUUGGUUCGAUAGAAACGGAACAGGGCAUGUAAAUACUUACUGGAUCGAUGGAGAAUCCGCUUCCUCCGUGCAUCCCACGACCGAGAACAUGACAUUCGUGAGAUGCAAAUCCGAGGAAGGGAUCAUCACGCUGGAGUUUACCCGCCCCUUGAAACCGUCGUGCAGCCAUCGAGACAGAGAUAGACCCGAGUGUAAGAACAUGAUCGAUCCCACAACUCCUCUUAAAGUGAUUUGGGCGAUGGGUGCUAAAUGGACAGAUGGUCAGUUAACUGAGAGGAACAUGCACUCGGUUACGAGUCAGAGACCUGUUCGGGUUAUGUUAACGCGUGGAUCCGCGGAAGCGGAGCAAGAUCUCAGACCGGUGUUGGGUGUUCACGGGUUCAUGAUGUUCCUCGCUUGGGGAAUCUUGCUCCCCGGAGGGAUAUUAUCAGCGAGAUACCUGAAACACAUCAAAGGAGAUGGAUGGUUCAAGAUUCAUAUGUAUCUUCAGUGUUCAGGACUAGCCAUUGUCUUCCUCGGCCUCCUCUUCGCUGUAGCUGAGCUUAACGGUUUCAGCUUCAGUUCAUCGCACGUCAAGUUCGGUUUCACAGCCAUAGUUUUGGCUUGUGCUCAGCCUGUAAACGCUUGGCUAAGACCUGCGAAACCAGCUCAAGGAGAAUUCAUCACUACGAGGCGAUUGAUCUGGGAGUAUUCUCAUUCGAUCGUCGGACAGUCGGCUGUUGUUAUCGGAGUUGUCGCGCUUUUCACGGGGAUGAAACAUUUGGGUGAACGGAAUGGAGCGGAGAAUGUCGACGGGCUUAACUUGGCCCUCGGGUUGUGGGUCUUCCUCGGAGUGGUCACCGUUGCGUAUUUGGAGUACAGGGAACGAGGAAGAAGAAGAGCGAGGAAUCUGAGCAGAGGAAACUGGGUUUUAGGGAAUGUUGAAGAAGAUGAUUCGAUUGAUCUAAUAGACUCGAGAGGAGGUUUCAGAGAUAAAGAUGAUGAAGAAGGUAGAAAUGGAGGAGGGAGGAUGGAGAUUCAGUUAGAGCCGUUGAAA